CCCUAGGUUGAAUACCACUGUACUAGACUACACGGCGCUUCAACCCAGAACACAGCCAUCUUUGUAUUCAUCGCCGCGAGAACCCCAAAUUUUACUUCUGACUUACGAACAAUUUGUAAAGUUUAUUUGCCAUAAAAGUGUAAAAUAACUUUUGUCGCACGCGGGCCUACGAGAACUAUUUCUUCUAAGCAAUUGUAAGCUUUGUGAACCCCUCGCACGGCCUGUGAACUCAAUUGCUCGCAAACUGUUUUCCGACCCGAGUCGUGAGAGGAACGCGGAGCACCUGCUUCUGUCAGCAAUCAGCAUUUUGGCUGACGCAGCUUCAAUUCGCACCACAGCGCGGAGUCCGCGUCUUACCUCGAGUUCUCUAAUUUUUCUUUAUGUAUCAGCAAAAAAAGGUUUUCGUAAUGAAGGGCGAUCAGAAUUUGCUGUGGACAAUAACCACAUUAAGAAGGGAACGAAUUUGCGUGCCAUGAGUGCGCAUGCGUAAAGUUGUUAUUGGCUACAAAUCGGAUAUUUUCUGUUUAAUCAACUUUUUCGCGUGUUGAUACGUUUGGCUACCCCUGGCGACAGAAGUAAAGUAGGACUUGGUCACCGUAAUCUCGAUUCAUAACUCACAGAACAGAAUCGAGAUUUAUCCUAAAUUCCAGGUCCGGAUACCGGAUAAUAGAGGAUGCCUUUCGUGAGGAACGAAGCCGCAUUAGCCGAGUCUCUUGACUUUGCAGCCACUGUCAAGUUAAUGCCAUACAUUACCGCGAGCAGUCUUCGUUCUGCGACAAAUCCGCUCCUUUGUUGGCUUGUUUUUGUUCUUACAAAAGCGACGUAAGUCUCCCAACCGAACCGUUGUGUUCGGCGGGAGGAACCUGACUCGAGCCGAAGAACUGGGUAACUCUAACGUUUCCUUUCACAUCCAAUGACUUAUUCGAAAUAUGGCCGUCAAAUUGAAGUCGUCCAGAAGCUACUUCGUUUCAUUUUUAUUGCGUUAGAAAUUAUUUUCGUGUUCUGCUCGCACAUUUACGACACAGAGCUCCCUGUCUGUUGUCACUGAUUUUAUGAGUCGAUGCUGGGAAUCUGGGUUGUUCACAUCGUGUGGAGUCGCAGGUAGAUUUUGAGCCCUGAAGAUAGAAACAUCAUGUCCCUCCGAAACGUCUGGUAUCUACCGCAACCCGAGCAUCCACGUCUUCAUCGCUGCCGUGCGGAUUCUUUUCGAUGACAGGCUGACAUAGUCGAUGUCUGAUGUCACAGUUGCUGGAGCCUAUGUCCUGAGUCAGAUGUAGUCCGGUCCUUUUUAUGUUAUUUUGCGUGCAUUAUCAUCGUCUUUGCACAUGUCUCCUGUUUGCACGCAACCCGCCUGUUCUCACAGGAGUGCGCUGACCUUCCUGGUGUACCGGUGUAGUGGAACCGAAUUUCUGCGCUGCCCGAGGCGUGUGUAGGUGAAGUGUGGAAGUGGAAGACAGCAGAAGAAGGGGGGCGGAGAAGAGGGAACUCAAAAAGAACUGACUGCAUCCGAAGAACGCGCAGUGAGACUCAGUCGCCGAGUGAGGUUUGUCGAUUGCUCGCCAGGAUGCAGCGGCACGUCAAAGUGGCUGAGGAGAAGCCAGAGAGCGGCGGCCACAUGAAGUGGUGGAUAUCGGUGGGAAUGCUGGCCCUUGUUUCGGUCUGCGCGUUCAUAGGAAUCACGUUAUGGCUCGGCCUAAACGUCGAAAGCGGAGACAGCAGGAAGACGGUGGCGGCCAAGAGCGACAACUUCGACGACGAAAAGAUGCCGUCGGCACCAAGGACCGAGAAGCAACAGACAGUGGUCGGAGCAGCGAACCAGAAAACGAAUGAAGACAACGAGGGGGAAGGACGGAAACAGUACGACGAAGCAGAGGUGGCGCCGACCACGGAAUUGGUUUAUAAAGAUUUAGGGGAAGAAGCUUACGUCGAAGAGGUGCGCAAUUCGCAAACGACAAGCGAGAUAGAAGAUGUUGCGACAGACGCUCCCGCGAUUCGCCAUGAAGACGCCUCGACGUCUGGAUCGCCCCUGGAUCCUCAGCCGAUAACGGAAACACCGACUUUACUUCCGGGCGACCCGACUGCGGGGGAAACCGCCACCCGGAAAAAAGAACCGCCGCCGACCGCUGCGAGCAGCCGGAAGAAGUACCCGGAACAUGAGUCGACGACAUUGUCAGCACUGCCCUACAGCGGCGGUACAGAAGUGGCCGCGGGAAGGCAACCCGCUCCGGAGCCUCUGAUGUUCAGCGAAUCUGAACACGAUGCCGGCGAACUCCUGCACACCAGUGAGGAAAACAGCCCUCUGACAUCUGAAGACGACAUUGUCAGUGCAUUUCUGGGCCAAGGGAUUGAAGAUGUAAGGCACUUUGAUAUAAGCGACGUCGUAAACGAGAAAGGCGAACACUUCAUGCCUCAGAAUUUCGAUUACCCGCACGACAGGGAUUACGUGCCUUUGCAACAAUCGGCGAACCUACACGUGACGAAACCCUCGAUCGCGGAACGUCUUCACGAAAUCACAGAAGACGGCGUGGACAGAGACGGUGUUCCCAGCUUGGACCACGACGACGGUCUGUUUUACAGCUCCAGGAACCCGGACAGGUACGACGGUGAGGACCCCGACUUGGCUGAGAACCCUUUCGCGACUUUCCUCCAGGGACGCUUACAGGAGCUGUACAACUGGCUGUCCACCGACGAGGACCUGGCAGGGAAACAUGCCGCCGACAGCGACAGUUUAAGCGGCGACUUCAUGAAGGUUCUGGUCGCUCUGAACCGAUCGUUGAACGAAGGCAACUCCAGCUUCCUGCUGGACCAGCUGAAGGAGAUGUACUACAACGAAUCCGCGCUGAACGUCACUGACCCGGCCGUCCUCCACAACAGCAGCAGCUUGGUGUCCUUCGGGCUGCUGGCAUUCGACCUCCUGCUGCUACGCAAUGUGCAGCAGAUCGCGUGGGAGGAAGAGAGGCUGUCCAGCGAAGAGAUGCUCAGAGACCCGGAAGUCCUUGCCCUGAACGCGCUGUUCAUGCCGCCCGAGAAGGUCAGGCAGUUACAGGAGCCGACGUCAAGGAUCGGGAAGGAGAACAAGGAAGACGACAGUGACAAGAGCCUCUUGCAGGAAUUCAUGGAGUUCGUGGCCGGGUCACUGCGAGCGGUCGUGAACCUGGGGCGCGCGUACCGUUGGAGCGUGGCUCCCGCGAUCUCUUCUCUGGAAGGCAGCAACGCUCUGGACUGCAUCUGGACGCUGUACUGCAGGAAUCUGGACAAGACGGCGCGUCUGAACGGGCCGUACGGCUUCCUGGCCAAGAUGAACAGCCUGGGCCUGCGGAUGCUGAUGGGGGAGUUCCCGGUGGAGAGCGCCCUAGAGCGACUCGUCAGUGCGGUUACGCUCGGCUGGGGCCACAUGGACUGCGAGAAGAUGUUUCCGAGGUGCGCUGUUACGGAAGCGACUGACAUCGUCCUGAAGACGGCCCUUGGGAUCACCGGAGAAACGUGAGAGGAGCUUUGAUUACUGCAGAACCUAAACGUGUGUAACUGAUCGUAGACGUAAGGACUGGUGCGAUUUCUUCUUCUUCAACGUAGUCGUUCAGACCCGACACGGGACUGCGUGUCCUUCCCUGCAGGGAUCUGUAAGGCGAAGUGUUAUUGAUGCGUCAGUCGGUGUUUGCUUUAAAGUCAACAUUGCAGUGACCGCUGUUACCGGCCACUGGUCUUUCGUUAGCUACAAAUUAGCGUUUACCGCUGUUUGUGCAACCAGCGUCCUCAAAGUGGCCAGGAACGUGAGUGCGUUGAUUUUUCAAAAUUACUAACGUCUUAUUCUUCUUCUUCUCUCUCUCUCUGUCUCUUUUUUUAAUAGCUGUCUUUUGUCUUGUAAUUUUAAUUACGUCGAAACUUGGCUGAAGCAGUUUGUGAGUGGAUGUUUUAAUUUCACAGCGGAAUCGCGAUGAACGUCCAGACACUUCAAACAUUAGAAAUCUUCCUUCGAGUGUAAAAAUUAAUCCAAAAUGUCUGUCUGCCCUGCGUGACAGCAAAAUGCCCCAUCCGGGCCGUGUCUCAGCGAAGAGAGGGCAGAACGGGCGAAUGUUAAUUAACGUUGUCUUUUGAGCAUUUCUCAUUCAGAUGACAACGUUACUGCUUCGUAUUCAGAAUCUCGGCUCGGAGUGGUUUUACUGAGUCCUUCCAGGCAGAUGGGAUAGCACUUUAAAAUACGCCACGACCGCUUCCUUCCUAAUGCUUUGGAGCGAAAAUUAUCCGACCGCCGUAUCUCAGAGACGUCUGGCUUCUGUCUCGUUCUGCUCCGCCGAAGAGGAAGUCGAAGGAAUUCGGAAGCCCUGAGCAAUUGCUGAUGACUCGAGGGCUCGAAGGGACCGCGCGGACGCUGGUUAUUUGCAGCGACACAACUCACCUUCUACCUUUAUAUAUAAAAUGUUAUGUCCUGUAAGUAAGUAAUUAAUUGAGACAGGGCAUCCUGAACACUUAAAGCUGUCCUCAAAGUGGUAAAUACAUUCAAAAUUUUCGUCGCACAACCUGAAGGGAAGAGACCAUGUUUAUAUGAAAGAUAAUAUUAAAACGGAUCAGUCUCGAUUAGUCUGCCUGAGGACUGGGUCCAGUGGCAGGCUCCUGGGAAUACGGUAAUGCACUUUUGACGUCGUGAUAGUGGGAAAUUUCUGACCAGCUAAGCGACUAGUAGCUUCUUAAGAAGGACUGUGCUCUGAGGAGUUGGUGGUUGGUUGAUUAGUUUGUAAGUGAUUAUGGAGACAGUCUUGACAAAGGGUGAUAAUGGUUUGGCGGGCCAUUCUGUCUUCCGCUCCACUGUUUAUCAACUUCCGCUCCUUGUAAUGGAGCCCGAGAAAGGGAGAGCCACGAGAUGCAGAUAGAAGGCGCCCUCUUAGUGCACGGCGCCUCUCUGCAGCGACCAAAGUCACGCCGCACAGGGAUCUGGCCUCGUCCUUGUAAAUUCUCCAGUUUUCGCGAUGUUCUUCAUAAAAUGUUGUUUUAGUAAAUAACAGGUAUUUGUAAUUUAUGCACGUUUAUUAAGUUGUGACUAUUUAUUU